GAAAUGUUGUCUACAGAUCCUGUAGUGGAGCAUUUUGGCAGCUACAGCGUCGAUGAGCAGCAGUCGAAGAACUCCAUUCUAACUGAAUGGAUUGGCAUGGGGAGAAGCGGACCUCAAAACUUGGCUAAGCGGCAGCUUUGGAACUGUAUUACAUUUACGAUGGUUAUACUUUCGCUGCUGCUCCGACCAGCACACUGCCAACAGUGCCGGAUCCAGCGCUGCAAUGCGGAAUACGUGACCUCUACCUCGCCCUCUAGUGGUUUCCAGGAGGACUCCCCAUCUGAUGUGGACUACUGCAUCGCCCUGCGCGCCUAUGCCCUGUGUACCCGGCGCACAGCGCGCAGCUGCAGAGGUGACCUGGUCUACCACUCGGCCGUGUUCCGUAUCAAGGAGCUCUUCUCUCAACACAACUGCUCCAGCGACGGGCCCACCUCCUCGGCCAAGGUCCCGAGCACCUCCAGGCCGGUCGUGUCUGAGCUGUGCGACUAUGAGAGCCGCGUCCUGGCCUCGGGUGUUGCCGGCCAAGGGAAGAAGUACGCGCACUGUGGAUUAUUUGGGGAUCCGCACCUCCGGACAUUCCGGGACGAAUUCCAGACAUGCAAGGUGGAAGGGGCCUGGCCCCUCAUCGAUAACCGCUUCCUGUCAGUGCAGGUGACCAAUGUUCCUGUGGUCUUGGGGUCUAGCGCCACUGCCACUAGCAAGAUAACGGUGAUCUUUAAAUCCUACCAUGGUUGUACAGAACAGAAGGUCUACCAGGCCACCACAGAGGACCUGCCCUCUGCCUUCCAGGACGGCACACGAAGUGGCGGGGAGGGUGGCAGUCUGUGGAUCGUAGAGAAGGGCGCCUCCGGAGGCCGUCUUGUGAAGAUCCAGGCCCGCUACAUCGGGACGUCCAUCAUAGUGCGUCGUGUGGGGCGCUACCUUACCUUUGCCAUUCGCAUGCCGGAGGACACCCUAGACUUCUCUGAGGAAAACAGUGGGCUGCAGCUCUGUCUGCACGGGUGCCCACGCAACGAGCUCAUCAAGGAGCACAUGCUGGGGCAGCAGCCCUUUCACCCACGCCCCCCCACUUCUGGGCUGGCUCCCCUACAGCCCCCACAUCAGAUAUACACAGUGGAGAGGGCCACAGCCAAAUGCAGGGAAACCCUGCAUGUGGAGGAUGUGUACUUCCAGUCCUGUGUGUUUGACUUGCUCACCACCGGUGACCCGGAGUUCUCCAUGGCGGCCUACGGAGCCCUGGAGGAUCUGAAGUCCCUUCCUCCCAGCAAACUGAAGCAGAACUCUCCCAGGACUCCUCGUGUCCAAAACAACAGAGCUCCCCACAACCUGGCCACAGCCACUCUGGUCUCGCUCCUACUUGUGGUUCUGCUACUUUUGUAGAGAGAAUGUGCAACAAAAACAAAUGGAAGUGGUACCAGCUUGAGGAAAGAGUGUCUGGGAGUCCGAGACAUUUUUACAUUUGUGGACGUUAUGGUUCUAUUCUUGUCACCAAACCACCUGAAGGAUUUAACAUUUCAAAAAGGAUGCUUCUUGUCCCCCAAACACAUUGGCCGCCAGCAUCUGCCACUUGAGUCUGAGAUCAGUGUAAUUUUUUCGGUUGUUAAGUAUGUAAUGCUCUUUCUGUUUUCAUACUUGCCAAUUGGAUUGAGACAUUUACAUGACACUUCAUCAUAACACGAUUGUCUGUGCACCAUAUAUAAGACGGCUUAUGAAAAAAAGUAGUAGUUGUAAAUAUUUCACCUUUUCUGGGAAUAUGUCAUGAUGCCCAUAUCCCUGCCAGACAUCAUCUUUGUAGACAUUAUUGGGCUUAAGAUGGGGAAAAUGGUCUAAUAUAUAAAUGUUUGAAACAAACCAGACCUUUUCUGUAUCAUCAUAUGGCACUUAAUGGUUAACACUUCAAGUUUAGUUCCUCAAUGUUUUUUGUAUUUACAGAUUUUUGUUUUUCAAAUCUUUAUCAGGUGAGUAUGCUAAGAAUACAUUUUUAUUUACAGCAAUAACCUGGGAGCAUUAGGGGUUAACUGUCUUGCUCAGGGACAGAACAGGGUUUUUCACCUUGAUAGCUCGGGGAGUAGAACCAGCAACCUUUCGUUUACUGGCACAACGCUCUUGACCACUAGUCUAAAUGUUCCUUAAAUGGGAUGAUCCAACAACUAAAUUAACACUACCUAUCCAUAUCUAUUAGGUUUUGGUGUGAUUCUCAGUACUUCUAAAUGCAUCCAAGUGUUGAUAGCAUUAUGUUAGGUAAAACACUCCCUCUUCAAGCUGCUUGGCUUCCAGUUUUUAAAGGAAAACAAACUAAAUGUUUAUAUAAUAAUAUAUUGAAAGAGUGUAUAUAUGUUUUAUAUUGAGUGCAUUUGCCUGUGUAUAGAUGUUUUAACUGUAAUGUUUUACACUUCAUUAGUUGGGUACUUGUGAAUGUUUUACCUUUAUAAUCUGUAAUUUUACAUAUUAAAGUGUUGGACACUAUCA